UAAGAAGCAGGGCAGUGUGUGAAUGAACCUUUGGCUACUAUACUGCAUUUCAUACAGCAUUUGAGAUUCUGAAAAGAAUCACAGCAAAAAGGUAGAAGUGUGAAAGAAGGACACAGGAGUGAUCACCAAGCUGUAAAAUUCAACAAACCAAUUUUGUUUUUGUUCACUUGAACCACUUCAGCAACCUCAUGGCCAGCAACAACACUGCCAGCAUCGCUCAGGCCCGUAAACUGGUAGAGCAGCUCAAAAUGGAAGCCAACAUUGAUCGGAUAAAGGUGUCUAAAGCAGCAGCAGACCUGAUGUCAUACUGUGAAGCUCAUGCUAAGGAGGACCCAUUGUUGUCACCGGUGCCUGCCUCUGAGAACCCCUUCAGGGAGAAAAAGUUCUUCUGUGCCAUCUUGUAAGCAGUGCUGGUCAGCCAUGGGGUUGCCUGCUCUCUCCGGGACCCACACACAUAGAUGUUACGAACAUAAAUCUUUUAGCAAAGGCUGAGGGGCAGUGGCCUGGCAACUUCUCAACCUCGCCUGGUUACCUGUGAGCCCAGUGCAAAUCCCCAGAGUUCACAGCAGGGAGGGAGAAUCAGCGCUGUGCAUGUUUACAUGGGAGAGCACAGCCAACGUGAGCAGCUCAAGUUGAAAGUGAUGUGUAAAUUGAAGUAUUAAUGCGGUAUUUUGUGGUCCCUCUGAGGUAUUCAAAUGUUUUGUUAGAUUAAAUUAAGUUGUGAUUAUGAAGCUGAUUACUGAGCAUACAACCAUGGAUUGUCAUUCUUUUUUGUUUGCACUCUUUUAAUGAUCAUUAAUUUCCCUGAAAUGGAUUUGUUAUAUAUCACUUAGGUAGCUUUCCAUGUAUGUAAGUUUUUUUAUUUAAAUAUAAUAGAUACACAUUUUUAUUAAAUAUUUGCACACAUACAGAUAUACCUAAUAUAUACUUCUCUUUACACAACUGAUUACAAUAUUUCAGUAUGUAAAGCAGGAAAUUCAUGUUCUUCAGAACAGUAGGUCUCUUUAUACUAUUUGUAAAAAAAAAUCACUUGUGUUGUGCUGUAAGGUGUAAUAAUUUGUGGUGAUUUCAAUAAUAAUUGCAUGAGAACUGG